AUGACAGAUGCAGGACUUAACGGCGCACUCUCGGAGCGCGGGGUGACAAGGACGCAGAUGAAUACCUUUCCGGACGGACUGGACAACGAAUUUUCCCCGAAAUCUAUGCCUGACGGUGCAGGGGUUUUCGUUCCGGUCCUGGUGACUGAAGCUGGGAAGUCUCUGUUCGAAAGUGACAAUCGAGCCGCGACCAUAGGAGGCUACGUGAUCAAAGGCUUACAACGGCUUGAAAUCAAGUCCAGUUGGGGCGUGCGCGAGUUCCUACCAAAAGAAACGGAACAGGAAAAUGUCCCUCUCGUCUUUUCUUUGACCAUGUCGGGCCUUGUUGUGCAAUUGUCCGUUCACCAUCCCGAGAUGGAGGGCGAUCGGGACUACUAUCAUAUGCGUGGCUUGAAGGCAUAUCUCAUCAGUGAGCCUGACCAGUUGGAAGAAUUCCUUCUGAAGUUGGAGACUAUUCUGAUUUGGGCGCAGGGUGAGUUCUUGACUCAGGUUGCGGAUCAGCUGUCGGCGGUGUGUCGCCGUGGGAGGCUCUGA